UCAAGACUUCAGCACUAGUGUUCUCUUUAACAGGGCAUGUGUGCACCAGACAGGAGGAGUCAGUAAGAGAUCUGACAGACACAUACCUUCAGUCCUGAGAGACAGGUGGACCUGCUUCCUGCUGCCUGGGAUGACUGCACUGGUAAACCACUCUUUAUUGGAAACUCAACUUUAUUGAAACUCAACUUUUUUCCCCCCCAACACAGGAGGGGGGAAAAAAACAUAAAACAGGACUAAUAAUAUUUUGUCAAACAUGGCUACCAUUGGGCAAAUCAUCUUUGGGAGCAUGAUUGCUAUCAUAUUCAUUCUUGCCGGAAUCAUUAUCCUCAUUCUAGCAACGUCACUUGGAGGAAACGCAAGCUCGAUGGUAGAAAGCAGAUUUAAGUUUCCAGUCGGAAAUUUAGAAGGCGAUGUUAUGCUGGAUUGUAAAUUCAUUGCAGUUGACUCAGGUGGCAAACCAGUUACCACAAUAAUGGUUACUUGGGAGAAGGACGGUUUAACAGGGGUCAUUCAUAAGUAUGCAAGCAAUGUCAACCAGCUCCAGGACCAGAAUCCACACUACAAGGACAGGACCCUGAUGUUUCCUGAUCAAAUCAACAAUGGCAAUGCAUCACUGCUGCUGAGAAACGUUCAGUGGGAUGAUGAGGGGUCUUACACGUGCUCUGUUAGUAACUCCAAUGGGCAAGGAAAAGUCAAUGUGAAUCUCAGAGUUGCAGCUUAUUCAGCUCCAAAGUUUACUAUGGAGGCCACAGGUCAGGCAGCAACACUAAAGGCUGUGGCCCAGAGGUGGUAUCCAAAACCUACUGUUUCUUGGACAGACUUUAAUGGAGCUAAUCUCACAGGAGAAACAGAAUUCUCUAACAAUUCUGCCGGAAUAUUCAAAGUGACAUCUGUUCUGAAGACGGUGAAAGUUGAUGACAGCUACGAGUGCAUAAUUGAGAAUGCCUUAGUCAAAUCGGUUUCCAAUGCAUUAGUAACAGAUUCUGGAGUAACUGAGAAGAAUUACUUUAAGAUGAACAGCGCAGCCCUGCCCUUGCCUCACUGGCUGAUCUUCUCCUUUCACUUUCCUCUUUGGGCAUACUGGAUACUUUCUUAAAAUGAAUUCUUAAAAAGACUGCUGCUUGUACAGAAGACCAAUAGAAACGUAAAAGACAUGAUGAUCUGAUCAAGCUCUGUUUGAUUAUUUCAUUGAAGCUCCACAACAUUCACAAAAUGUGAUUCUUUGUAAAGACCCACAAGACUAUCUGUUGGAAUUAAGUGGGAAGAAAAUGCAAUGCCUUUAAUUGUAAGCCUAUAUA